AUGACAGAGGGAGAUUAUAUAAUGUUGCUAUCACAAACUUAUUCCAAAUCUGACUUAGAAAAGAUUUUAUGCACUUUGUGGUACAUUUGGUUUGAUAGAAACAACAUUAUACAUUGUAAGGAUCCACAAAAACCAGAGGCAAUUGCUGCUAAAGCUUCGGCACAUUUCUGCAAUUUUCAGCAGGCUUCCCGUGUUCAUAAACCUGUCCAGCAACCUUCACAUGUUGCGAGCCAUCAGCCAUGGAAAGCUCCUCCUCAAACAAAGUUGAAAAUGAAUGUUGAUGCGGCUGUUGAUUCAGCCAACAAUACAAUGGGGUUUGGAGCAAUUAUAAGGGACUCUUGGGGACAUGUUAAGGCUGCUCUAUCUAAGCCAAUGCCUGGUACCUUGCAACCUCAUGAAAUGGAGGCUAAAGCUCUCUAUUAUGGUCUCCAAUGGGCUCACUCUUUGCAUGUUAAUCUAGAUUUUGUGGAGUCGGAUUGCCUUCUGUUAGUUACUAGUUUGAAAAGUUUAGCAUCUAGAAAUUUAGGUUUCUCUGAUCUUAUUUCGGAUGUUAAAAAUCAAUUGUCCUAUUUCCCUAAUGUUUGUGUGUCUCAUGUUCGCAGAGAUGCAAAUCAAGCCGCUCAUGGCUUGGCUAAGCAAGCAUUAGUGUUGGAUAAUGAUUGUUCGUGGUAUGAGGAUUGCCCUCCUACUAUUUUUUCUGUUGUUGUAAACGACGCUUCCAAUUAA